AUUGACAGAUUUUUUAGGAUGAGAUUGAGGCUCCACCUAGACAAGAACCAUCUGAUUUGCGUGUGGGCUCCAAUCCUUCAAGAAGCGUUUUCUUCGAUAAAACGGAGAAACGCUGGGAUUUCUUUGAUAAUAUAGUCAAAAUCCGACUGGACCUGCUCGAGGAAUUCCCAGAUAUACUGGAUCAGCCAACCUCGUUUACAACGAUAGACUAUUGGCAGCGAAUUUGGGCCAUCGAAAAGCUCAACGUCUUGGCCCUGGCAAGGGCACAUGAGGCUCUGAACGAGCUGCAACAGCCGUCUCUAACACCGCCUCCAGCCAUUACUCCCGUAGCCCCGAUCUCCAACGAGGAGCUCGAUGCGCUACAAAUCUUGGCCAAUCUUUCUCAGGAACAGCCGAGAAUGGGUCUCACAAAUGGCCGCGAGGAAGCUACAGCGGUUACAGACAUUGAAUCGCAGCAACAGCAGCAUCCUCAUCCGCAUGUGCAACCAGCUUCUCCGCCCAAGCCAGUCAAGCCCGCGAGAAGUCGAACUGAACCUUCGCUGAAGCUUAUUCUGUCGUCACCGUCUCCGGAGCUUAAGGGUGGGGCUGACGAGAAAAGAAGUACCAGCAUUACUGUCCCAACUGUUGCCCCGGUUGCGGAGGGACCAGUGUCACCUACUAGAUCUCGCGACCAUCAUUUUGAAGCCGCCUCCCGCAAGCUUCAAGAUAUUGUCGCAUCUCCGGGGCCAGUCGAAAUGCGCCUUCCACCACCAACUAAUCUUCCUCACCAAGGGGCCCCAACCCUCCCACCGCCGGACCAGCUCCGAAAUGCGCCCAUUGAUCAUUUUGUUUCUCCAGUGAUUAGCGAAAACAGAUUGCCGAUAAGCAACGCCGAUACUCUGCCACGAAACCCUCGAAUGAUUGAGCCUAUUCGGCCGGCAAUGCAACCCAUCGCCUUGGCGCCUACCCCCAUCCCUCCCAUGGACUAUCGACAAUUUCCAGAUCCUUUCCUUGAUCGAAAUUUUUCUCCAGCUCAUGAUCGAAGCGCACAAGCAUUGUCGUAUGCUCCGCCCCCACUGAUGCCCCUUCCUCGGCCGCAGAUUUCACGUCCACGAGACAUUCAUCCGCCGCCCGGAUCAUACCAUCACGCGCCUUCUUUCCAACGCUACCCUACGGUGGAAGCUGCACCUCAUCCGCCUCCGCCACCACCUCCCCCACAUCAAUGGGCUUAUUGGGAUGACUCUGACCGACCUUUCUUUCGGGGACCGCCACCUCCCCCACUCCCCCUACCACCCCAGGAUUUUGUGUCGCCGGCAAAAGCGUCUUAUGCAUCUCCACUUUCCAUGCAGCCAGCAUACCCGGUCGGCGUUGUUGCUAAUGCUCCACCCUCAGCAUAUGUCUCGCAGCCGCCGCGGCCAAAGCGAGAGAGUCGCCCUAUUCUUCCAGCUGGGCGAGUUCAAGUCCCGCCGGCACCAGCUCCACGAGCACUAUCAUUUUCCCAUUACCAGCCACAUGUGCCUGGACGUACUGCUUCCCUACCCCCGCCCCCUCACGGCGAACUCCCUGGAGUCCGACCACCAACGUUCCGAGAACCGUUUGAUCAUCCACCGGGAUUAGCUGAAUUUCGACACCGUUUUGCGCCGGAGACAUCGGCCAAGCGGGAUCGCUAGUUACCCCAUAUUGUUCCGGAUGCCUGAUUGAGGUCGUUUUCGACUUACACCAAAUCGUCUUCCACUUUUAACCGUUUUCUCUUCAUCUAGCAUGGGCACUCAAUGCCUUGUCUAAUAUUUACUCGGGAGGGGGCGUCAGAUUAUUGACUGGUAUUCUUCACCGCAUCUUUAUUGCCGUUACCGCAUCUCUAGCUGGUUCGGCCGGCAUGGGGUCAUUGACGUCUCGG